AUGGCCUUUCAAAUGAGCUCAUGCAACAUCCGCCUUGGGGGAUCUGUCUUGCACGCCGACUGUAAGAACACUCCAGGUGACUGGAUCAAGACUUCUCUCGAUCUCAAUGAGCAUAUCGGCAAUCGCAAUGGUAGAUUCACCCUCUGUGACCGGGAUUGGUAUCACAGUGCGCGCAAUGUACAGCUUAUUGGGUCCAAACUGAAAGCAGAGCUAGCAAAGGAAGGAGGAGAGGAAUGGGUUGAAUCCAUCCUUGACCUCAACCUUUGUGUGGAAAAUAAGGAGGGCUACCUCAAGUUCCAUAAACUGGACGAUUACCUGUUUAACCGGGGAUCAUGCUUCUCCUUGGUGGGACCGGGAAGAGUAGCGCUGGGAGGUAUCUGCAUGGGUCUCGAUGGACUCCUCCAUUUCGACGAGAGCAAUCUCAAUGAGUGCUAUGAAAAUGACAAUGGCUGCCUUCGGCCAGGCCGGCAUUUUGCAUAUAGCUGCAACAGCUGGGAUAUUGAAAUAGCCCCUCCAGCACUCAACCUUGUGGAACAUGCUUUGCGAGCUUUGGCCCGAUGUGCCAAUUCCACUAUUGUCACCGGCGCCAUUGUCAUCGUGACCUGUAUUGGCGGCCCAAUGGGGGCAGCAAUUGGAGCAGGGUUUGCCACACCUAUAGGAAUCCUCACUGAACAAAUCCUCCGUGACACCAUCACGGACCCACGAAUCCUUGCUGAAAUUGAAGAGGCCACAAUUGGCCGUUACCUCUUUGAUACGAUCGUGAACGCCAUAUCCGCAGGGUCUGCUGAAUAUGUCAGCAAAUUCCUAGGCAAUCUUGCAAAGGAGAUCACGCCUGAGCUCUUGAGCAAGAUCUCUGAGCUGAUGAAGCAUAGUGUCAAAUUUUCUUCAAACAAGGCGGUAGAUGAUCUCAUCAAAAAGCUGAGUAAAGCCGUGGAGGAAAAUGUGCUCCCCAAGGAGUGGCUCCUCAGAACCCAGCAAGUUGCAACGCUUAUUGGAUACGAUGCGUUUACUGGACUUGAGAAGCCACCUGGCCUCGAGAUUGGCAAUGUGCAUGAGCAGUACCAGAAGCUCGAUGACUUUAAGGAUAUGAAAGUGCUUACACCGCCCAUUGAGGUAAACACUUGCGGAAGCGCUUUUGAGUGUCAUCAUGCAGUUAUUCCAAUGCGACUGGUGUCUGCCUAG